AUGACCCUGCGCGAAUGCCAAGACCCAACAGAUCCCUCCACGCUCCGACACGGCGUCCAGGAAGAUUUCGUGAUUUUCUAUGCAUCUCGUGAUGAAUGCGGGAACCUUUGGUGUCCAGACUGCGUUGCCGUCGAGAGCCGUGUCAAGAAUGCAUUUGGACGGGAUGACGGCCGUUCGGCCGUUAUAGUCUACGUUGGGCAGAGGCCUGAGUGGAAAAGUCUGUCAAAUCCUUUUCGAGCAGACCCGUGGAAGGUGGAGUCAAUCCCUACGAUAAUCAAAGUUCGAGAUGGCGCACGUCUCGUGGACAAGGAUAUAGAACAUAGCCUUGCCUCGUUCCUCGAGUAA